AUGAACUUUCAGUUUUUUUACCGAACAAGCUGCCGAAACGUCGCCGGUCUCGCGGUCUGCGUCGCCACCUCCAACCAACUCCAGGGCACGCCCAACUGGGCCGCCGGCUCGGGCGCCAUCUACUGGACCCGCGCCGUCAUCGAUUUUGACCGCCCCUCCAGCUCCCGCAUCCAACUGGUCCUGGAUGCCGCUACAUCCAGCGCGGCGCCUGGAUUGUCGUGGACCGCGUCAUUCUUGCCGGGGAGAACGGCAGCAUUCUCCCGCCACCCAUUGCCGCCACCGUGCAACAACCCCUGUCCAUCGUCUAUGCGGCCGCUACUCCUUCGACGUGGGACUGUGCCCGGGCUGGAUCUGGUGGUCGGCCAACGCAAUUUAACGUGGGCGGCUUCUACAAUCUACAUGGCCAUCGACCACGGGAUUAUGAACGAGAAUCCCGACCACAAACGCGCUCACGUCGCAGUGCCCGGCGGUGGAUCUGCACACCACCUCCCAACCCUUCACCACCGAUUCCGGCCUCACCACGGGACCGACAACACUGCGGCACCCAUUGCUUUACCGCAACCCUUUCAUGGCACGAUCAGCUGCGAUUUUGGCAAAGGCAUUAAUCCGGACAUGUGUGGUUGACAGAAUGCCGAUAAUGAGCAGCCGCAGUGGAGUCCGCCUCUUCGCAUCGGACAGACCAAAGGCAGCGCGGUGUUCCAGGUGGAGACGGGAUUAUUAAUUUUUCCACCUAACAAGUGACCGUAGCGUUGCCGGUCUCGCCGUCUACCUGGCCACCUUCAACCAGCUCCCGGCCACGCCCAUCUAUGCCGCCGGCUCGGGUGCCAUCGACUGGACCCGUGCCAUCAUUCGCAGCAGCAGUCCACCAGCAUCACCUGCGAUUUGAUAUAUUCGAGGACUUUCAGA